UCACUAUGCUCAUUCGCAGCCGCAUAGCAUAGCACAACAACACUAACCAGCCAGCAGCCCAUCAAAACAAAUAUCAGUAGUGCUACAACUAUUUAAUUCUACUAUUUAAUUUUACUGCUAAAAAUACAAUUCGAAACCGUCAGAAAAUCCAGCUCACUUACUUUAAACUAGUGUUACCAGAAAAUUUUGACCAGAAACGCUUUAAACACGACGCACUAUUAUAAACUUUACACAAAUAGUGUGCAGAAAGUUUUGUGAAGUGUUCCUGUGACGAUUGUCGACUCAACAAAAACCAGGACUACCUGGACGAAUUACCUCUGUGUAUUAUAAAUCUACAAUUUAGCUCUGUGUGAUUUGGCUAUUCAGUGCUAGUGGAAAAUGUCGUCAUCCGGGACGACGACGACCCAAGAGCCUACUGCUGAAGGGGGCGAAGCAGAUAAUAUGGGCGAAAUUGCCUCUUUGGAAUUGGAAUGUCCCAUCUGCCUCCAAGCCUGUAUUCAUCCAGUCGAACUUCCCUGUCAUCACAUCUUUUGUUUCCUGUGCAUCAAAGGAGUUGCAAUGCAGGGUCAAAGUCGUUGCGCCAUUUGUCGAGCCCCCAUCCCACACAGUGUUCUCACGCAUCCACGACUCAAGGAUGUCAGCCAGCUGUACAAGCACACAAAGGCGGAUCACGAAUGGUUCUAUGAAGCAAGGGGUGGAGGAUGGUGGCAAUACGACGAGCGAAGCAUGCAAGAACUGGAUCGAGCGUAUGAAACUGGGUCAUCAUCAUGUCAACUUCUCAUUGCUGGACAUGUUUAUGAAAUUGAUUUUUCACAAAUGUUACAAUACCGUUCCAACAAUCGUAACUUGUCCCGUCGAAUUAAGAGAGAUGUUGCCCAGUCAGAAAAGCGUGGAGUUGCUGGAAUUAGAGUGGGAACAGGAAGUAGUGGAGGUGGACCAGAAAGUGGGGGAGGUGGUGAUGCAAACGCAAAUAAUAGGAGAGUAGUAGGACGAAGAGGAGGAGGAACUGCUGCUUCGGGAACGGCGCAUGGAAAUUCUAGUCAAGGUCAUAGUCAAACCUCUGCUGCUCCUGUCAAUGGAGGAGAUAAUGGUGGGUCGCCUUCCUCUGAUGCAGGAGAAGACGACGGUGACGAAGGUGUAGAUUCGGACGACCCAGACUAUUUGGGGGAAGAGGAAGAUGACGAAAUGGAUUUGGGUGAGGAAGAUGAAGAAGACUUGGAAGAAAGUGAGCCCUCAGAGGAGGAGGAGGAGGUCGAAUUACGUGAUGGUGCCAGAGCACCCACAAGACGUUCAGAUCGUUCCACAUCCAGUAAUAAUCAAACCCCUCCACCGAGCAGUGGUGGGAGCGGUAGAACUUCAUCCUCGGCUGCAGUCACGAGUGGGAGUGUUCGAAGCAACGGUUCCAGUUCUAGCCCACAGCAGAAUGGUGGAGGAGGUAGAAGCUCUACUGGUCGCGGAAGAAGAAGCCAAGGUCGUCUUUUAAGCGGUGGAAACAAUCCUACCAGCACCCACAACAAUAACGCUACGACAGCCAAUGGGUUGACAGCCUCUGCUGCUGCUUCGUCCGCUGUUCGUAGUGGGACAAGCAGUUCUGCUUCAACCAGCCCAUCUCCCUUGGGGGAUGCAGGAGGAAUAAAAACGCUUGGAACGGGGAACAACAUUCGACUUAGCCCGGCACCAAAUACAGAAGGAACGAGCAAUCCGACCUCACCCACCUCAGCACCCUCCUUACCAUCUGUCAGUCCCACGACGUCGGGCUCCUCAAUCACAACCACAUCCGGAAUUACUUGCCUCGUUAUUGGUCCUGGUGUCAGAAUCACUUUAGAUCGAGAAGGGCAACAACGAAAUGGUGGCGACUACGAGAAUGAAGAAAUUUUGUAAUUCUUCUAACUUAGGAAAUUAACAGACCUAAAUUAUUACCUAUAGUUUCUAAUAACCAAGUGUUAGUGAUCAUACGAAAAAAUCAAGCAGUGAUCCACCACUAUUUUUUAAAUGUGAAUGAAUUCCUUCUUUCUUUGGUUUAUUUAUUUACACGUAUUUCGACCAGCGACAGACGAAUAUUAGUGUAUUGAUUUUGAUUGUUACAUAACGCCUUAUUUUAUUUAUUUAAGCAAGUUAAAUUCUCUCAAUACCUCAUCAAUUAUUAUAUAGAGUUACAAUUUAAUCAACUCUAUUAUUGUUUUUUUUGUCAAGCGCAUCGACUUAAUACGAUAACGAAUAUAUACCUCUAAUGAAUGUUAAUUAACGUUUUCACAUAAAUUUUCACGGCACAAUAAACGAGUAAUAUGAAUUCAA